AGCUCUAUGCAAUUCGAGGCCUAAUUUAUUAAAAAGGAUCCCACUCUCUAUGAAUGGGCUGUUGCGGCAAUCAAACGACGACGAACCACAAGUCCUCCAAAUCCAAAACCAAAACCAAUUCAUUUCUUCAUCCUCCUCUUUAAUCUCCACCGACCCGUCAACCGUAAUCUCUCCAAUGAACUCCCAUUUCGGCGUCCUGGCCUGUGCCGACACGCUGCGUUUAAUCCUGCAGAAACUCACCGUCACGGACCUGGCACGCGCCAGCUGCGUGUGCAGGGUAUGGUACUCAGUUGUGUCAGAAAACAACAUGUUGGUGUUGGCUUUCAUGGCGCCUUGGAAACUAAAACAAGUUGUGGGAAAACCUAUGAACUCGUCCUUUUGGAGGGAUAAUGGGAUUGGGAAAUUCGCCGUUUCCCACCGUAUAGCUCGUGGGGACACCGUCGCUAGCCUUGCUGUUAAGUACUCCGUUCAGGUAAUGGACAUCAAACGGCUAAAUAACAUGAUGAGUGAUCAUGGAAUAUAUUCAAGAGAGAGGUUAUUAAUCCCUAUAAGCAAUCCAGACAUUCUUAUUGAUGGAACUUGCUACAUAGAGUUGGAUUGGUAUGCAAAAAGAGAAGUAGCAGUGCUAUAUCUAGAUGGUGAGCCCGACAAAAAGCCACGUUGUUUGUUGAAUAGGGUGACUUCUGAACAAGGCAAAAGAAGGAUAAUUGACUCCUUGAGGAGAAGCAUGCAAGUUGAUGAUGGAACUGCACAAUAUUACCUGUCGAUUUCCAAUGGCAAUCCCCGGGCUGCAAUCUCUGAGUACUCUGCAGAUCUUGGUUGGGAAAGGCAAACUGGGUUAACUUGAUUCAAAUGGUAAAAUGACUAUCAAUAAAAUCAAAGAAGUGUAUUCAAAAUCAAAUUUCUAUCAUGCUUCUUGGAGUUCUAAUAUUCUCUUUCCAGAAAAUCUGCUUUGGGAAAGUUCAUCAAUCAACUGUAUAUUUCUUGUUUGGAACUGAUGCAAGCGCCUAAUUUGUGGGCAUCCACCACUUCUUCAGCUUUUCUGUUUGUCUGUUGUUGCCUUAAAGCUACUGUGUUAUCAGAUUGUUAACAUAAAUGUAAGAAGGUCUUGUAUGCAUAGAUCAAAUCAAAUCAAGGGGUUUCUGUGUAUGUAUGUUAAUGAAAGAAAAAAAGUGAACUUUUCCAAA